AUGGGGAGCUGCGGCCUGGGGGUGCCGGGCCCCGCGCUCCUGCUGCUGCUCGUGCUGCCGCCCCCGCCGCUCAGAGCCAGGAGCCUGCACCCCACGGUCCGGGGCGGCUCGGGCGACCUGCACGGCCCGGCGCAGAGGGACAAGGGCCACCGCCACCACCUGCACACGCACGAGAAGGCGCCGCACCACCGGCGGGGCCCGAGCCACUCGGCUCCCCAGGGCCGCGGCGAGGAGCCGGGGAAGCCCUGCCACAGCGAGUACGACCUGUACUUCAUCCUGGACAAGUCAGGCAGUGUGGACAACAACUGGAUGGACAUUUACAACCUUGUGGAAGAUUUGGUCAAUAAGUUUGAAAACCCAAAUGUGCGGAUUUCCUUCGUCACUUACUCCACAGAUGGCCACACGCUCCUGAAACUUACGUCAGAUAAAAAUAAAAUCCGCGAUGGUCUUGCUGAGCUCCAGAACAUAGUGCCUACGGGAGCCACACACAUGCAGGAAGGAUUCAUAAAGGUAAACGAGCAGAUCGAAGAGGCAAACUCUGGAGACAAGAAGCUUCCGAGCAUGAUCAUCGCCCUGACCGACGGGACCCUGAUGCCGGAGCCCUACGAGGAGACCAAGAUAGAGGCUGAGAAGUCCCGGCAACUGGGGGCAACGAUUUACUCCAUCGGUGUAAUGGACUAUCACAGGGACCAGGUAACCGCCAUCGCGGACAGCCCAGAUCACGUGUUCGCGGUGGACAACGGCUUCAAGGGGCUACAAGACAUCGUGGAGCCCCUCACCGCUAAGUCUUGUAUUGAAAUCACAAAUUUGGAGCCUUCCACUUUCUGUGCCGGACAAAACUAUGAACUGAUGGUGUCUGGAAGAGGCUUUAAUAAUGCAAGGAACCCGCAGGAAGUUAUUUGUAGAUUUGUUUUCAUGGAUAAGAAGUUCUAUGAUAAAAAAGCGGCCACUGUGGACGACACCACCGUGAUGUGCCCAGGAGUAACAAUAGACAAUCCAGAUGAGGUGGUCUUCGUUGAAGUUAGCCUGAAUAACGGCAUCAACUUCAUCAAGAGCAAUGCUAACAUCACCAGCAAGAACUGUGUGACUGCCAGGGAUGUGCCGGUGGAAGUGCCAACUGGUAUUCCUCCAAUACCAACUCCACACAUCGAUCUUCCCACACCGCCUGCCACCUCAAAUAUGCCAAAUGUCAAUCCUCUGUGCCUGGCUCUGCUUCUGCUGGCCCUGCUUUUACUGCCGUUCCUUAUUUGGUGCUGCUGGCGACAUUGCUGCAAAAAGCCUUGCAAGGAGCUACCAGCAGUGCAGAUAAUACAAAGGGAGCCCAUGGGCAGAUGUGUACCACCACCUUGCCCCACAUUUAUUGUCCCUUGUUCUUGCCAAGGAGGUGGGAUGAGACGGAUAGAGGGCAAACUGGAUACCUUGUGUGACUUUGUUCAAUGCUGCAAUCAGAUGCCGUUGCUGUGGUGUCAGCCCAGGAACAAGCGCCGGUGCUUCAACUUCAGCCUCCAGCCCUGCAGGCGCCUGCCCUGUGGCCCCAGGAUCUGCCUCCCGGCCCCUCAGGAGUGCUUCCCCCUCAGCAGCUGCUGCUCUCGGUACCAGCCCGCCCCCCGCAUCUGCUCCCGGCUGCCCUCCAGGAUGCUGCCCCCGCCCCGCGCCCUCUGCGGAACCGCUCUGUCACUCCCGCCCCCGUAGCCCAGCCUCCAACACACCAAAACCCCAAGAUUAUUAAGAGCCCUUUGUGCACUAAAUUAGACACCUGUAUUGAGUCUUGGUUUACAGUCAGCGGAGCUGGAAUUAGUUGCUGCUCCGCACAAGCCUGUUGCCUGCAGAGCAUCGCUCCGCUGUCUGUACUGCUGCUGCGGGGACACGGCUCCCCCCGCCCCCACGGCCUGUGACGCCGGGGGUGGGGGCCAGAUCCUGCUCUUUGAAAAAAAGCCCCCAACGUCUCUGAAAUAUGAAUAUGAUGCUGUCUCCUUCUCUAAUGUUAUGCAGAAUUUGACUAGUCUCACCUCCUUCACGGCACGUUCCCAGGUGGCCGGGGUGGGUGUCCCAUGCCCUGAAUGUGCCCUAGACGGAGACUGGCACGGAAAGCUCUGCGACUGCCGGGCGGCGACUCCUUGCAGACACCCUGAGGUGUCGCUGAGCCUGUAGAGCUGCCCCUGCGGUCCUGCCAGCCCUCCUACCCCCUGUUGACAGGAAAUGAAAGUCCCUCCGCCUUCACCCUCCCAUCCUGGCUGGUCGUAGUUAAGGUUCCAGGUGGAAUUCCUGGAGAUGAGUGUAGGUCACCAUGUCAGGCUGGGGUUUGUCGUCUGUAUGGGGUUGACCGUCAUUCUUUAAGAAAUAAAAGGUUUUCCGGUAA